AUGGCUGAGGCUUCUCGGCGGCAUCAAGUCGGGACUCCGAAACAUAAACUGAAAUACAGGAAGGAAGUAGAAAUUAGAACCACACUUCAGGAGUUGUUAGUCUACUUUAUUUUUUUAAUAAACCUAUGUAUAUUGACUUUUGGGAUUGUAAACCCACAUAUGUAUUACUUAAACAAGGUUAUGUCAUCUCUAUUUUUGGACACUUCUGUGCCUGGUGAUGAAAGAACCAACUUUAAGUCUAUUCGCAGCAUAACUGAUUUUUGGAAGUUUAUGGAAGGACCCCUUUUGGAAGGUCUAUAUUGGGACUCAUGGUAUAAUAACCAACAGCUGUAUAAUUUAAAGAACAGCAGUCGCAUCUACUAUGAGAACAUACUUCUAGGAGUCCCAAGAGUCCGUCAACUAAAAGUCCGCAACAACACUUGCAAGGUCUAUCCAUCUUUUCAGUCUUUAAUGAGUGAAUGUUACGGCAAAUAUACUUCUGGAAAUGAAGACUUGUCUGAUUUUGGCCUUAGACAUAAUACUGAAUGGAAGUACUCUACUUCUAAUUCCAACUCCCCAUGGCACUGGGGAUUUGUUGGUGUGUAUGGAAAUGGGGGAUAUAUUUUUACUUUAUCAAAAUCAAAAUAUGAAACCAAAGACAAAUUCAUUGACCUUCGACUGCACAGCUGGAUCACAAGAGCAACCAGAGUUAUUUUUAUUGAUUUUUCAUUAUACAAUGCUAAUGUAAAUCUGUUUUGCAUCAUCAGAUUGGUGGCAGAAUUCCCUGCAACUGGAGGAAUACUUACUUCAUGGCAAUUUUACUCUGUGAAGCUCCUCAGAUAUGUUAGUUAUUAUGAUUAUUUUCUUGCUUCCUGUGAAAUCACAUUUUGUAUUUUUCUCGUUGUCUUCACAACACAAGAAGUAAAAAAAAUAAAAGAAUUUAAAUCUGCCUAUUUCAAAAGUAUUUGGAACUGGAUAGAAUUACUACUUUUGGUGCUGUGCUUUAUGGCCAUUUCCUUCAACGCAUACUGUAAUAUACAAAUUUUUCUCUCACUUGGGCAGCUUUUGGAAAAUACUGAAAAAUAUUCAGACUUCUAUUAUCUUGCAUAUUGGCACAUUCACUACAAUAAUGUAAUUGCUAUUACCAUCUUCUUUGCAUGGAUAAAGAUAUUCAAAUUCAUAAGCUUUAAUAAGACAAUGUCUCAGCUAUCAUCAACCUUGUCCCGCUGUAUCAAAGACAUAGUAGGAUUUGCCAUCAUGUUUUUUAUAAUAUUCUUUGCUUACGCCCAGUUAGGAUUUCUUGUUUUUGGAUCACAGGUUGACGACUUUUCCACUUUUCAAAAUUCCAUAUUUGCACAAUUUCGAAUUGUUCUUGGAGAUUUUAAUUUUGCUGGUAUUCAGCAAGCCAAUCGGAUCUUGGGACCUAUUUACUUCAUCACUUUCAUCUUUUUUGUGUUCUUUGUCCUGUUGAACAUGUUCUUGGCAAUAAUUAAUGAUACCUAUUCAGAAGUGAAGGCUGAUUAUUCAAUAGGCAGAAGGCCAGAUUUUGAACUUGGUAAAAUGAUUAAAAACAGUUACAAAAAUGCUCUUGACAAACUCAAACUGAAGAAAGACCAAAAGGACGAAGACAAGGAAAUGAAAAGAAGUGGAGAUUUGGUUGAACAAGCCAGAAGAGAAGGCUUUGAUGAAAAUGAGAUUCAAAGGGCAGCACAGAUGAAAAAGUGGAAAGAGAGGCUUGAGCAAAAGUAUUAUUCUACAGAAAUUGAAGAUGACUACCAGCCUGUCACUCAACAAGAAUUUCGAGAUGGCACCACAACCAAGUACAAAAUGAAAUUCUCUGAGUGCCUGACAAAAUGA